AUGGGCGGCGACGGCGGAGACCUUGUAACUCGCCAUGGCCCCGCCGGCCGUGUCGAGCCCUGCGACCACCGAGGCCCCUGCGCCCCGAGGCAACGCGGGUCAGCCCCAACCGCCAUCCCGAUCUGGCGCUGUAAGUCGAUCGGUUUCCCGAUCACAAAAAAAGGGCCGGUCGGGCAUUCCACGACCGGCCCUUUUUCAUGCAGUGGCGCGAUUAGCGGCGGACGUUUCGCCGGCGCGGACCAGCGCGUUGCCGGUCGCCUGACGCAUUGUCCGCGCCCCUGCUCGAUCUUGUCGCCGGCCCGGUCGAGGCCACGAUCGAUAUUGUCGCCAGCGCGAUCGGCCCGGACAGCGGCACGAUCACCGGCCCGGUCGCUUUGUCGCCCGCGCGGUCGAUGGUGUUCUGCCGAGUUCAGCGCGCGAGCGUCGCGGCCUCGACAUCGUCCGAGGCGUUCUGGGUCGUUGCCUUGGCAUCGGCGGCGAUGGCGUCGGCGGCCUGCUCCGUCUGGGUGCGGGCUGUUUUUCGCUGCACGCGGCCAGCGAGAUCGCGGCGGCACCGGUCAGGGCGAGGAUCAGGCCUUCUUCGCGGCAAACACUCCCGUUUCAAACAUAUGA